GCGCUUUGGACACCUAUGCGCUGCCUCAUUUUCCUGCUCCUUAACUGUCAGGGUGUCCAGGCCUGUUCCACAGACGAGGUCACCCUGAAUGUGGUUUUAUUUUCUGGAGAAGGUCCCAGUAGAAUGGGAUUCGAAGAGGCCUUCGCUAAGUACAGAGACAAACACCACCCAUUGCCGGCUUGUGUUCAGAUAACGGUGAACUCAGUAGAUGUAGACACCCAUUUACAGCUUCCAGAGAAAGGAUGGACCAAUAUCCAAUCAGAGUUAAUAAGACAAAGUCGGACAAACCAAGUGGAGACGCACAUCGUGGCGGGGCCGUAUUACAUGAACGUAGCCAUGAUGCUGGAACAGCUCAACGUGACUUACCUGACGACGGCCGGGAAGGGAUACCACUGGAGCGACAUGACAAGGGUGGAGGACACGGUGAACUGGGCGACUUUAGUGGAGCUAGUCCCACCUCAAGAGCAACAGAAUAUGGCCGUGGUUGACCUGUUCCUCGUUCGCCAUUGGAAGAGCGCCAUCAUGAUUAUGCCUGACCGGAAAGACCGAGAGGAAUGCUCAGACUUGGCUCAGCAAAUGACCGACGAUAGAAUAUCACUCAUCCCAUUCUCAAUUCCAUACAAUUCCACAAAUACCAAGAAAUUCAUCAAAAUCGUUCUGCGCCACGCAGAGCUCAUGGCUGAGCGACAAAUCAUCAUCUGUAGCCCACGUGACCAUGAAGACAAGCUCAUAUUCGGAGUUGUGGAACAGGCAAAGAAAUUUAAUAUGCUGGAGAAAGAAGAUUUUGCUUUCGUCAUAGUUGAGCCGUAUUCUCUGCUCAAUGCUUUGGCUGGUUUGGACAAUAACGUCAACCUGGGAUUGUUUAAAGCGAAGUGCGAGAUCCUCAGCUUCCAGUUCAUCCACCCGCAGAGAGAGAUAAUGAAUCCUUACUACGCCAUGGCCGCUGACUCAGCUGUAGUGAUCGGCAAGGCGAUGCAGGGCUACUUCGAUGAGGCGGGAGCUAAAGCCAGUAACGAAGACUUCACAUCACUGAAGCUUCUACGUCACAUCAAACAGCUUUCUGGUGUGUAUGGAGAAACUGGUCAUCUUCACUUCAACAAGCGAGGAGAGAGAAGUGACUAUAAAUUGCAUCUGUACAAAUAUGGAGGCGCCAAGGUGUUCAGAAAGAUUGGAGAAUGGACUUCGACGGGUAAAGAGAGCAGAAGAUCACGGAUAAAUUUCACCGAGAGCGAGGAUGACGAGGAAUUUGAGCUCGAGGACAUGGGGAUAUUCCCUAACAUCGUCAAAGUGGCUGUCGUGGUGGAUGCUCCUUUUGUGAUGUUGAAAAAGGGCGUAACUGGUCGGAAUUACGGUGGUGAGAACGAGUUCGUUGGUUUCUCCAUAGACCUCUUGCACCGGCUGUCGAGAGAACUGUUGUUUACUUACGAGAUCUACCAGGCCCCAAAUAACAGCUAUGGAACGAAGGGAGAGAACGGGAUUUGGGACGGCAUGGUCGGAGAAAUACUAGCUGGGAGAGCUAUGCUGGCUCUGGGAGCUUUGUCAAUCACGUCAAGCCGAGAGGAAGUGAUAGAUUUUACACACGGCAUCCUCACUACCGGAUCAAACAUCCUGAUUCCUAAGCCUCAGAGGACACUGUCAAUCUUCCAAUUCCUCAAACCAUUCUCUCCUACACUUUGGUAUGCCUUACUGACGGCGUUUUUCGUACUCUGUGUGAUGUUCUACCUUCUGGAUUGUCAAAGCGAUACUCAGGCGACCAGAGUGUUCACGCCCAAAGAGUGUCUAUGGUUUUGUUUAGGCGUGUUACUCAUGAGGGGCACAGACUUCUCUCCUAAGUCAACACCACAGAGAAUUCUCACCACAGGUUACAUUUUCUUUGCGCUCAUUACGGUGUCCACUUACACAGCCAACAUGGCCGCAUUCCUGACCACGUCCAACCUAGAUCCAGGGGUAAACACAUUUGAAGACCUUCUCAAAUCUGAUGACCUCGCCCCUCUAGUGGUGGAUCAUACCUCUACCAUGUCCUAUAUCAGAGAGAGCAAAGAAGAAUUAUUUAAAGGAAUUUGGCAGAAAAUCUCUUCACACGACGGUAUCGUGACCACGACGGAAGAGGGCGCCAAUCGUGUGGCCGCUGGCGGUCAUGCCCUGAUUUUUGACUACCGCAUCAACACUUUUAAGGAACAGACCUUAUGUAAGACAAUGGCGGUAGGCCUACCCAUCUUGAGGUUGGAACAUGGCAUAGGGCUUCCGGCAGGAAACACUAGCAAACGCCUACUCGACAUGGCCAUACUGAGGCUACGGGAAAGUGGCUACAUCAACAUGCUCAUUAAAAAAUGGUGGACUGAACACAGAAAGUGUGACAAACCAGGUGAUUCGAAGAGUUCAGAGGAGGCACAUUUCAAGAUAGACCAUAUGGCAGGUAUAUUCAUCGUAGGCGGAAGCGGCCUUUGCUUGAGCGUCGUUUUCUUCACCAUUAAGAAACUGUACCUCCGAAAGAUGGGAAAUUCCCAGGACGAAGACGUGGGUACUUCCGAGGACACGGAUAAACCUACCACACAACCAGAAUCCCCAGGAAGCGCGCACGCAAAUAGAAUAGUCUUUGGAUUCGGAGGAGACAAACUUGGUCAGGGGGCCGCCGAUCUUUAAAGAUAUCCGAUUUCCAAUCCUGAUGCAAGCUGUGUUUAUACUAGAAAAUAACAUGUAGUACAUUGUACUUCAGGUUCCUUGCUCACUUGAGCAGCAUAUGAGCUAGAAUUGGCCAUUCGUCACAUGGACGUUGAUCAAAGUCUGAAGUAUACAUGUAUUAAGGAAAUAUUUAUGAAUCACACGGACUGAACAAAUACUGGUGAACUGGUCAACAGUUUGAUGCGUAUGGUAGUAUUUAGCUUAAUCCUUCCACUCGUAGCAGUGCCCUAUGCCUUAAUCCCAGAUAAUCAUUAUUAUGUGCAGUGUUUAGUAUUAAUGAAUUUCACCGUUUAAAUGAAACGAUGUGAUUGCAGCUGACAAUCUCAGCAGUCCACUCAUAAUGUGGGCUGUGAUCUGACCAGUCUACUCAUAGCGGAGCCUGUGAUCUGGCCAGUCCAUUCAUAGUGCAGCCUGUGUUCUGACCAGUCCACUCAUAGUGCAGCCUGUGUUCUGGCCAGUCCACUCAUAGUGCAGCCUGUGUUCUGACCAGUCUACUCAUAGUGCAGCCUGUGUUCUGACCAGUCCACUCAUAGUGCAGCCUGUGUUCUGACCCUUCUACUCACAGUGCAGCCUGUGUUCUGACCCUUCUACUCAUAGUGCAGCCUGUGUUCUGACCAGUCUACUCAUAGUGCAGCCUGUGAACUUCUUGGCUUGUUUGUAAAAUAUUUUCUUCACAUUUUAUUCAACAGUCAACCUCUGAGCUCAUUAGGCAGUGUACAUUUUGAUACUAGAUAUAAAAUUCACUUUCUAGUGUUAUAGUAUCACCGCAGAUUUGCUAACCCUGGAGCAUAAACAGUUAAAACAACUUUUACAGGCGAUAACGUACUUGGAGAGAUGAAUUCAUGAUCUAGUUCAAAUUACAGCUCGCUCCGCUCAUUAGUGUAAAUAUAUCCCAAAGUGACGUUGAGGAACGAUUUUCUUACAGUCAGACGCCAUUUCUUUCGUAUAAUAAAUCAAUAG